GUCCCGCAUUUCGCAAGCAGGAAGGUGGUCAGCCUACUUGCAGACUUUAGGAAAAAAACAUCGAAGAACGUUCUUGGAAAAAGGAAGUGCCCUAGGUGUCGGCGUGCCAAUGGAACAAGCUGUGGAUUUAAGUCUAAGUGUCGGCGUGAAAGCGAACGUGUGCGGUUCCUUGUCGCACACGUGCUUUCCGCAUUGGAUGACCCUCGAGCUUUUGCCGAGGAAGUCCCGGAACAGACCUGUCACUGAAAGAGCACUCAGACUGCGGGAGCGCACCCAGAGGCAAAGGUCCCACCGGAGGCAGAAGGGGCCAAGCGAGGCACUUGGUGAGUGUAUCAGUGAGCUUUAUCUCCAGGACUUUGGUGGCGCAGGCGACCAGCCGGGACCCGGUCCUGAUCCAGGUGGUCAAGGUGGUGUCCCAAGGGGAGGCGCUGCGCCACCAGACCUACAGCACAAGGCCGCCGAGCUGAGCUUGGAGCAGGGCUGCCUGCUGUGGGGUUCCAGGGUGGUGAUUUCACAAGGUCUCCGUGCCAAGGUCCUGCACUUGCUGCAUGCGGGGUACCCUGGCGUGGAAAAGACCAAGAUGAUGGCACGGUCGCAAAUUUUGUGGCCUGGCCUGGACCAGGACAUCACUUACCUGGUGCAAGGCUGCAAGGGCUGCCAGGAGCACCAGCGAGCCUCGCAUCACGUCGAAAUCACCUCCUGGCCGUUCCCACAGAGGCCCUGGUCCCGCUUGCACGUGGAUUUUGCGGGACCCUUCAAGGGCCGCUACUUGUGGACGCUUUUUCAAAGUGGAUAGAGGCACUGCCUGUCACCGCUUCAUCAACAAGCGCGACCAUUGCGGCGCUGCGGCAGGCCUUCGCGGCGCAGGGAUCGCCGGACUUUAUUACGUCCAACAAUGGUCCCGCUUCCGCCAGCGCCAAGUACCUGGACUGCCUGCAGAAGAAUGUAAUCCGCCGGAUGCUGGUUUCGCCGUAACACCCCGCUUCCAAUGAUGCAGCCGAGCGGGUGGUACAGACAAUCAAGAACAAGCUCAAGAAGAGCCGGCCCGGGGAUUUCCGGAAGCAGGUGGCCCGGGUACUGUUCCAGUACCGGACCACACACCAUGAGGUCGCUGGUCAUGUCCCCAUGUGAGCUUCUGCUGGGCCGGAUGGUCAAGACACCCUUGGACGUCGUGCAUCCGGACCUCAGGCCCACGGCGCUCCUGAAGCAGCUGAAGCAGAAGUUGGCUGCUGACCGAGGGUGCCGUUCCGGGCCUUUGCCGGAGCCGGGAGCGUCGGUCUUCGCCCGGAACUUCCGCCCUGGCCCACCCUGGUCCGCCGAACAUGUGGUCUCUUCGGCGAGCGCCUCUUCGCUAAUCGUCCGCAUGCCCGACGGCACCACCUGGCACCGGCACGCCGACCAUGUUAGGCCUCGCUUCGGGACCGGGCUUUUACCCUCGGCCGUCGCUUCGGAAGACCAGCCCGCAGGGACACCAGUCGCACCAGUUGCGGCCAGUGGUGCGCCACCCACGAUGAAGGCGACAAGCGUCGCCAGUCUUGUUGCGCCAGUUGGACCGGUGCCACUCUGAAAUCUGGUCCCUGCGGCUCCACCGGAUUGAGCGAAACCGGUUCAGGUAGCGCACGGCGUUGCCACACCUGGCCCGUCGACACCAGUGACCAGGCAAAGCACGCGGCAGCGAAGGCCACCUGACCUUUACUCGCUGGGGUAAUCUUCACCGUCGAUCGGCUAGGACUUGGCACGACCAGACUAGGAAUUGGGGUUGGUCGUGUGCCUUGGCAUUCAUUUACUUUGUAUUUUUAGAAAAACAAACUGGGGGAGAGGGAUGUUACAAGUACGUAGCACCUCAACCAGUCCCCCCGCCUAUGACCCCCAGACUCGGCAGGCAACAUUGAUCACAGCAGCAAUAAACGCCGAGGAGCGCACGCCGCCCCGGUCAGUCAUCAGCACCUCACAA